AUGGACAUGAUGAUGAUGGGCACCAACAUGUUCCAGACGACCAACAUGGCGCUGGCCCGGACGUACUGGUACAUUGUCGCUGCCGUCGUCGGCGCCUUUGUCGUCGUCCGGAUUGUCAACUACUACGACAGCUGGGUCCGCCUGCGCGCCCGGUCGUCCUCGUCUCGCGAGUACCCGACAAAACCCAUGUCCGCCUUUUUGCAGACGUGGGCCACCCUGACCGCCGUCUUCCGCGAGAUGAGCUACCCGCAGCUCUACGUCCCGCUCCGCUACUUCACCUGGCUGACCCCGCCGCCGCUUGGCCGCGUCCUCAUGCUGCUCGUCUACUGGGGCAUCAUCGUCGGCUUCAUGUGCGCCGGCUCCAUCAUCAAGGACGUCAAUUUUUGGGAGCGCAUCGGCUUCCGCAACGCCUGGGUCACCGUCACCCAGCUGCCCCUGCUCUACCUGCUCGCCGGCAAGUCGUCCGUCAUCGCCAUGCUCACCGGCUCCUCGCACGAGCGCCUCAACUGGGCCCACCGCUGGAUCGCCCGCACCAUGUUCGUGACGGCGUCCGUCCACGGCUGGCACUUUUACAACGAAUACGCCAAGGCCGGCAUGACGAGCAUCUUCUUUCAGGUCAUGCCCAUGGGCAAGUAUGGCAUGGCCGCCUGGGGUCUGCUGCUGUGGUCCUUUGUCGUCGGCAUGGCGCCGCUGCGCCAUCUCUGCUACGAAGUCUUUGUCCUCCAGCACAUUGUCACGGCCGUUGUGCUGCUCUGGGUGGUCUACCAGCACGUGCCCGCCUAUGCCAGGUACAACGUGUGGUUCGCCAUUGCCGCGCUCGCCUUUGACCGCGUCGUCCGCUUCGCCAUGCUCCUGUGGCAGAACAUCAAGGUGCGCUCCCCAAAUCGGUCCCGCUGCAAGGGCGGUCAACGCAUCGGCCACGAGGCCCAGAUUCGUGCCGUAGGCGACGACAUUACCAUUGUCACCAUCAAGGACGUGCAUUUUACAUGGCGGGCCGGCCAGCAUUUGUACCUGUGGAUGCCCUGGAUCGGCCCCCUCGAACAGCACCCCUUCACAAUUGCCUGCGCCCACCAGCUGCCCGACACGUGCAUCUGCAACAGCAUCCAGUUGGUGGUGCGCAAGCAUGGCGGAUUCUCGAAGCGGCUGCACGACCGCGCAGUGAAGCUGCAGCAGGCGCAUGGCCCGGGAAAUGGCAGCAGCAGCAGCCGGGCCAGCACGUUUACGGCCUUUGUCACAGGACCCUAUGGCGAGCCGGCUCGCUGGGACAUUUACGAGACCCUGGUGCUCAUCUCGGCAUCGACGGGUGCCUCCUUCACGCUGCCCAUUCUCGAGAGUGUGCUGCAGGCCGACCAUAAUGCCAUCUGCACCAAGCGCAUCGACUUUUUGCUCGCGGCCAAGAAGGGCGACGAGAUUGGUUACUAUGUGCAACGAUUGCAUGAGCUCAUCGACAAGGCCAAGACCUCGGGCAUCGAACUGACCGUCAGCAUUGCCGUCACGCAAGACGCCAAGUCGCUGCCCGCACUUCUCCGUCGCGCGUCCGAUGCACCGGCUCGGCUCACCGCCGCGGCCGACGAUGCCGCUCCGCUGCGGGAGAACGAGAAGGGCUACAGCUCGUCGUCGUCCCUUGCCGCUACGUCCGCCGUCCCCGACGAGCAGGAGCCUGUCGCCACCUCAUCCUGCUGCAUGGCCAAGGAGGCGGAUGUGGAGAAGUCGGCGCAGGUCAUCACGCCAGCGGCUGGACCCGAUGCCGACGCCGACGCCGACGCCGACGCCCCUGCCACAGUCACAACACGCCACCGACCCAGCAGCGUCGCGAGCGACGACUCGCAUGUGCAGCAAAUGACGACCCGCCCCGACAUUGCCGCCUUUAUCCGCAAUGCCGUCGAGACCACGGGCGGCGAGACCUCGGUCGUCGUCUGUGGCGGCAAGUCGCUGGUGGCGCGCGCGCGGAACUGUGUGGCCAAGCUGUCGGACGAGCGGGCCGUCCACAAGGGCACCGACGCGCAAGGCAUUCACCUGCAUGUGGAGGAGUACGGCUUCUAG